ACCUUCAAAAGCAAUAUCACAAAUCUCCCAACUUGUUCCAAUACAAAAAAAAAACUCAAACACUCAGUAAUCGAUAACUGUAGCAAUGGAAACCACCGGAAAAGUGAAGAAAGCUUUCGGAGGAAGGAAAGCCGGCGGUCCAAAAACCAAAUCGGUUUCGAAGUCGGUCAAAGCCGGUCUCCAAUUCCCAGUCGGAAGAAUCACUCGUUUCCUGAAGAAAGGACGAUACGCUCAGAGACUCGGCGGUGGUGCUCCUGUUUACAUGGCCGCCGUCCUCGAAUACCUCGCUGCCGAAGUUUUGGAGCUUGCUGGUAACGCUGCGAGAGACAACAAGAAGACGAGGAUCGUUCCGAGGCAUCUUCUUCUUGCGAUAAGGAACGACGAAGAGUUGGGAAAGCUUCUGAGUGGAGUCACGAUCGCUCACGGUGGUGUUUUGCCCAACAUCCACUCUGUUCUUUUGCCUAAGAAGACUGCUUCCAAAUCUACCGAAGAGAAGGCUUCCAAAUCUCCAGCCAAAUCUCCUAAGAAAGCUUAAUUAAUGUUGGUCUUUGGGUGAAUGUAGUUAAUCCAAGUUCUAUGAAUCUUAGGUUUCUUUAUGUAUUUCGUUUUAAGUUUUUUUCUUUUUUUGUUCAGAUUUCAAUUCCUAAUUAUAAGAUUUUUAUGCCCUAA